GGCAUCAGGUCAUUUGGCUCGCCAGCGGGCACUGCGUCAUCUGGCAAGGCAGCGGGCACCGCGUCAUCUGGCAAGGCAGUGGGCUCUGAGUCAACUGGUAUGACCGCGGGCACUGGGUCAAACAUUGGAUCGUCUGGCUGGACAGCGGGCAUCGGGUCACCAGGCAUCAGGUCAUUUGGCUUGCCAGUGGGCACCGUGUCAUCUGGCAAGGCAGUGGGCACCGGGUCACCAGGCAUUGGAUCGUCUGGCUCGACAGCGGGUAUCGGUCACCAGGCAUCAGGUCAUUUGGCUCGCCAACGAGCACCGCGUCAUCUGGCAAGGCAGUGGGCACCAAGUCACCAGGUACGACAGCGGGCUCUGAAUCAAUUGGCACGACAGCGGGCACCGGAUCAGGUACCGGAUCAUCUGGAUCAAUAGCGGGCAUCGAGUCAACUGGC